AUGGACAACAAAACAUCUAAACUAGCCUCCAAGUCUACGACUUCAACAGUCUACAUAAAUGAUGAGCAGAUAAGGAUUGUGAUGGUGGGGAAGACUGGAGCUGGGAAGAGCGCUUCAGGAAACACCAUUCUGGGACAGAAGUGCUUUAAAUCUGAGUUCUCCGCUAAAUCUUUGACUACACUCUGUAAAAAGGAAUUUGGUGAGGUGGAUGGACAAAAAAUUGCUGUUAUCGAUUCUCCAGGCCUGUUUGACACCAGGUACACUGAAGAGAAAACAUGUACAGAUAUUGCCCAGAGCAUUGCUUAUGCAUCUCCUGGACCUCAUAUCUUCCUGGUCGUCAUCAGACUGGGCAGACACACAGAGGAAGGAAAGCAAGCAGUGCAGAAGAUUCAGAAAAUCUUUGGUGAGGAAGCCAACAAAUACAGCAUGGUUCUCUUUACCCAUGGUGACCAGCUCAAAGGGAAACCUAUCAAUAAGUUCCUGGAGGAAAGCGAAGAUCUGCAGGGACUUGUGGCCAAAUGUAACAACCAGUACCACGUGUUCAAUAAUGACAUGGAAGAUCCUUCUCAGGUCAGCGAGCUGCUCAAGAAGAUAAAACAAAUAAAUGAACAGAAUGGAGGACACCAUUACACCACUGAAAUGUUCCAAAACGCAGAGAGAGCGAAUGAUGAGGUGAUCAGGAUUGUGAUGGUUGGGAAGACUGGAGCUGGUAGGAGCGCCUCAGGAAACACCAUUCUGGGACAUAAGUGCUUUAAAUCUGAGCUCUCCCCUAAAUCUUUGACACAACACUGUGAAAAGGCUGUUGGUGAGGUGGAUGGACAAAGCAUUGCAGUUGUUGACACUCCAUGCCUGUUUGACACCAACAACGCUGAAGAGAAAACACUUAAAGAUAUUUCCCAGUGCAUUUCUUAUGCUUCUCCUGGACCUCAUAUCUUCCUGGUCGUCAUCAAACUGGGCAGAUUCACAGAGGAAGAAAAGCUAUCAGUGCUCAAGAUUCAGAAAAUCUUUGGUGAGGAAGCCGACAAAUACAGCAUGAUUCUCUUUACCCAUGGUGACCAGCUCAAAGGGAAACCUAUCGAGGAGUUCUUGAAGGAAAGUGAAGAUCUGCAGGAACUUGUGGCCAAAUGUAACGGCCAGUAUCACGUGUUCAAUAAUGAGGUGAAGGAUCGUUCUCAGGUCAGCGAGCUGCUCGAGAAGAUCAGAAAUAUAAAUGGGCAGAAUGGAGGAAGCUACUACACCACUGAAAUGUUCCAAAAGGCAGAGAGAGUGAUUGAAGAAGAGAUGCAACGAGUGAUCAGGAUUGUGAUGGUGGGGAAGACUGGAGUCGGGAAGAGUGCCUCAGGAAACACCAUUCUGGGACAAAAGUGUUUUAAAUCUGAAUUCUCCCCUAAAUCUUUGACUACACAGUGUGAAAAGGCUUUUGGUGCGAUGGAUGGACAAUUGGUUGCUGUUAUUGACACUCCAGGUCUGUUUGAUACCAGGAACACUGAAGAGAAAACAGUUAAAGACAUUUCCCAAAGCAUUGCUUAUGCUUCUCCUGGACCUCAUAUCUUCCUAAUCGUCAUCAAACUUGGCAGAUUCACAGAGGAAGAAACGCAAACAGUGCACAAGAUUCAGAAAAUCUUUGGUGAGGAAGCCUACAAAUACAGCAUGGUUCUCUUUACCCAUGGUGACCGGCUCAAAGGGAAAUCUAUUGAGGAGUUCUUGGAGGACAGUAAAGAUCUGAAGGAACUUGUUGCCAAAUGUAACGGCCAGUACCACGUGUUCAAUAAUGAGAUGGAGGAUCGUUCUCAGGUCAGCAAGCUGCUCGAAAAGAUUAAAAAAAUAAAUGUGCAGAAUGGAGGAAGCUACUACACCACUGAAAUGUUCGAAGAGGCAGAGAGAGUGAUUGAAAUGGAGAAACAAAGAAUUCUCAAAGAAAAAGAAGAGCAAAACCACAAAGAGCUGGAAGAACUUAUAAAGAAUCUAGAGGAAAAGUAUGAGCGACAGAUAAGGGAGGAGAAGGCUGACAGAGACAGGGAGAAAAAGUUGAGGGAAGCUCAUGAAAGAGAAAAGGAGGAAGAAAAAAAAAAAACAAAAAAAAAACAGGAAGAGCAGGCCAGACGAGAAGCUGAGGAAAGCCCCUCAUUAAUACAGUGGUUAAUUAGGGGUAUGAUAGAAGCUGUUAAAUUUGUUAAUGUACUUUCUGACUUAGUGAAAAAGUUUUAA